UGCAGCGCUCCUUCUCCUCGUCCAAACCCGUCGAACUCGUGCUUUUCUCAUCGCAAAACUGCUCGCUGUGCGUACAUUUUCACAGACAACUCAAAAACUAUCUUAAAAAGCAUCCCGGGAUUGUUGUCGUCGAGAAAAAUCUCGCCCAAGAAUCGCCAGAGCUAAUUGAAAAAUUCAAAUACGACAUUCCCGUCCUGGUGGCCGGAGAUAAUAAAAUCCUUCUGAAACAUCGAUUCAGUGGAGUUCUACUCGAAGAAAACCUCAAAAAAUGAGCAACUGCGAGAUAAUCGCGGUGCACGGAGGUGCGUGUGCUAAAUUCGACGCAAGUCUUGCCGAGGACUGCCGUUUUGCGUGUGGUACAGGCACUGUUGAGAAUGCGUUGACGGAUCUUGAAAGAAUAGAAAAGUUCAACUGUGGAUUCGGCUCACAUUUGACUAUCGAUCAAGAAGUUGAAUGUGAAGCAUCAUAUAUGUCAUCCAAAAAUUUAAGUUUCGGCGCGGUCGGCGCGAUUUCCAACGUUUUCCAUCCGUCCCGAGUGGCACGUCACCUUGCACAUAGCAAUUGGUGGAAGCAGCGACGUCUUCUUCAUCCCCUUAUUCUUGUUGGUCGUGGAGCAGAGAAAUAUGCUGUUAAAAAUGAUUUUCCAACGUGUACACCUGAAGAACUCGUAUCAAAAGCGGCGAAAGAGAGCUUUGAGAAGUAUUUACAUCGAAUGCUUCAUCCAUAUGAUACACAUGACACUGUAGGAGCUAUUUCAAUUAAUACCAAUACAAUGAACUCAGAAUCCGGUACUUCAAGCGGUGGAAUUGUGCUAAAACACUCGGGACGGCUUGGUCACAGCUGUGUAUAUGGAAGUGGAACAUGGUCUGAACGAAGGCAAUACGAAGAACCAUUUGAUCAAGUCAGUGAACGAACCAUCUCGAUUUGUUCGACAGGACACGGUGAAUCACUUGUGAAAGCCGAUUUCUGCAGGGGUAUCGCCACGAGAGUGCUAGACGACGAGGAGGGUAUCAUGUACAGUGAGAUUAUUCGAGAAUUCAUACACGAAAAAAUGGAACAUGGAUCCCGAUACGGUGGCAUCGCAUUGAUCGCCGACAAAUUCAAAGAUCGAAUGUCGCUGGAAUUUCUGAUUUUCCAUAAUUGUCGAUAUCUUCCGGCUGCAGUUCGUUGUCGAGACAAUCAGAUUCGUGUUUUUGAAUCACAAUUCGAUCCGGAUCAAUGUACUACUGAUCCUAAAUGUGUUAUCGAGUCAUUCAUCAUGUAAUAAUAUGUAUAUGAUAUCAAGAAUUCCGCGUUUAAAACUUAGAAAAAUCUGGAAAUUGUGUUUUUUUUUCGGAAUUUUCCGGGGUUUGAAUGCGGAAAUAUACAAAACAACUCCCCCACUCCAUCCGAUUUCUCUCUCAAUCCUCCGCUGAAGAAUAUUUUAUGAUUUGAAAUUAAAAUGAAAUGAAGAAUUUUGUAAAU